AAGACAUCACCCAGACUGGGCACAAAAUCUCCGACUAAUUUGCACCAAUUUGAGGGAACAACUAAACGGAAGAGCAAACAUCGUUUUCCUUACCGUAAUUUUAAGCCCAUGGGAUCGAUAAAAAAUUAGCAAACUCAGUACGCGUUCGUACGGCGAGGUGUAAGCUCGAUCGGUUAGCACGGAUAUGUCGGAAUCGCAGUCGACCGUUAGCUUUCCGGGGAAACCCUCCCAAGACUUGGAUGUUGUGGAGCAAGUUAACGGGAGUUUUGGACGUUGGCAGUUGCGCACAAUUCUGCUGAUAUUUCUCUGCAAGAUUCCCAGUGCCUGGUUCACAGCUAUUAUUAUAUAUACGGCUCCGUAUCCAUGGAAAGGGGAGUUGGUGUGCCACCCGGCAGAAUGGAAUGUUAGCCGGCCGCAUGUUACCUCAACCCAUCCACUUUGGCAGGAUGCACGUAGCACGGAUAGGCUGUUCAACGUCGAUGUGUGUAAUGCCUAUUCUAAUUCCCUGGCUCGAGGAUUUGUUCGUAGUCAUGGUAAGGAGUGGAACGCCUCGGAAUCGAAGGAGCCGGAUGCACAAUCUUCGCUUCCCUGCGAACAUGUAGAACACACGACGGCCUAUAGAUCCCUGAUCAGUCAGUUUGAUCUUAUCUGCUCCCGUCGGGUUCUUGUGGCGGUGACGCAAUCGUUUCAUGCUCUCGGUGCCCUGAUUGGCGGUCUAAUGGCCUAUUCAGCUCUCAAAAUAAUCAGUCCGCGUCGCUUGAUGUUGCUGGGCAUGAUUGGGCAGAUAUUUUGCGGGAACCUUACUGGAUUGGUGGACACCUACCAAUUACACAUCUACUUCCGCUGCCUUACAUCCAUUUUUUGUGCUCUUAUGUAUACUUCCGGACAGUUUAUCUUGAACGACAUCACUUCAGGAAAGGCUCGCAUCAUUGUGGUCACUUUAUCUGAGCUCUUCUGGUCCAUGGGUCUCGUCCUGUUGCCCGCUAUAUCGAUAUACUUCGACGACUGGAGCUACCUGUAUGUGGCCAUCUCAUCUUCACUCAUUAUACUGGUCUGGCUGCAUCGUUGGAUAGCCGAUGCACCACGCUGGCUGUUGCAACACCAGCGAGUUGAAGCCGCACUCCGACUACUCCUGGAAUCAGCGACGUACAAUAACAGAAAGGUACCGCUUACCCUCGAUGUCCAGCUCACGGUAUAUGCCAAUGAUCUUGAGCAAAUGGAUAAGAAGAAAUGCGGAUACUGCCAAAUCUGGGACGGUGAGACGAAACGCAGCCAAUUGGUGUAUAUUCACUGGAUCUGGGGAGGAGCUAUGGUUCUUUAUAAUAUCAUUCUGCUAAUGAUCAGGAAUUUGGGCGCCCAACAAGUACACGUGAACACGGCGGCCAUGGGAUUUGCGGAGAUGGUGGGCCUUUUUAUCGGCCUCUACUUUAUCCUAUACACGCGUCGCCAUUGGCGGUGGGCGGGAAAUCUGAUGAUUAUGGCUAGUCUUAGUACAUAUCUGAUAUGGUUGCUGCCCGAAACUGAGCGCAACUCCCGACGCGUGGGACUGGAGUUAGUAUUUUGGCUAAUACUAAAAAUAGCCAACUCCGCUUCCAUUGCCGUGUUGACCACCUGUACAAGUGAAAUUGUGUCAAAGGAGAAGCGGGUUUUUCUGAUGCUGUCAGUGAUCUCAUUUAGUCGAGUGUGCCUGGUCUUUUGUCCGCUGCUGAGCUGCCUCACUGUCAUCCAUCACCUGCUUCCUGUCACCAUCCUGGCCACCGUUGGCUGGAUUUAUGGAUUGGCCCUGCGGCGUCUGAAUCGCUACUACUGGAACACGGAGCAGCCGCAGAUGAGCCAAGUCCCCACGCCCAAUACAUACCGUCGCCAGUCGGCCAUUAUUAUGCGACGUUGCAGUACCGUCAGUUCAGACUGCAGCGCCUAUAGCAACGAAUUGUUGAGCAACUUUGAACGGAAUAUGGCAGUUAGUAUAGCUGAUAUUUGGCACAUCAAUUUCCAUCCCUCCAGUGAGAUCGAAAUUGAACUGGAGCAACAGCAACCGGAAGCUUCCAGGUCACACAGUUCGGAAACCAUUUGAAAAGCUUUCGGUAGUGCCUAAAAGUAGGCUUUUUUGGUUGUAAACAAAUGAAGACAUUUGUAUAAAUUGUACAUCAAGAUUGAUGUUGCUUUUGUUAUUAUAUAUUUAAUCUUUAAAGAGCGAUUAAAAAAGCAUUAUAUAUGUAAAAGAGAAUUAAGAUGAUCCUUGUAAUAUACUAAAUAGAACUAAAGAAUAAAAACCUCGAAAUUAAAACACACCCACCUUUAUUGGCAUUUCAAAGAGUA